CUUAGGUAUAUGCGAAAUGAUUUGAAUCGCCUUCAGAUCUGGUGCAAAAAUAGGCAGCAUGGUUGUGAAACAAUCUGUUCUUUAGAAGCUAUUGACAGGCACGAAAGAGAGUGUGAAUACAGCCAAAUUCCUUGCUUAAAUGCUGGUUGUACUGUUCAGGUAGAGCGACGCAAUUUGGAUUCUCACUUGGCAGUAUGUGAAUAUCGAAGUCGUGAAUGCCCAAAUGGAUGUGGUUAUGCUAUUCUUAGUGCAGAUGAUGCACAACACAACUGUAUAGCAGAGCUGAGGACUGAAUUAGAAUUACUCCGGUCUGAAAUGAUUUGUAAAGUUGAAGAAGUAAGGCAUGAAAUGGAGUCUCGUUUAGAUUCCCAAAGAAGGCAUAUGGUCCAGAAGGAGAGUCUGCUGCAAAAUGAAAUUGAGGAACUUAAAAGUCAGAUGUCACGUGUGAUGUCAGAUAUGCGGACACUCAUUGCAGAAGAAAGACAACAUCGUCAGGAACUAGAACAAGCAGAACUUGAAAAAAGAGAACUGAUGGAAUUAUUGAAAAGCCUGCAUAAAGAAAACAAGCUUAUCACUGGAGAGGGAAGUAGCAAAAGAAACAAUGGUGGCAGACCUCUAAACCGACUAGAAAGCAUGAAAAGAAAACCUAAAGAAGUCACUAUUAUCUAAGAAAUGCUUACAAGAUUUGCUGAACUUCUCAGAAGAUCUGAUAUCAAGUAUUGCUCUCGGAUUUCUACAAAACAUAUGAAAUUCAGGAUGAUUUUGAGAAACGUUUUCCUAUUAUGCACAGGACAGAUGGCUUGACUGUGCAACUGUUUUUCCUGCCUGUCCAAAAUGUUUCCAACUGGACAGAAACAACACAAACAACAGUCACUGAUUUAUAUUAACUGUCAGUGAUUAGAUCAGUUAUUGUUUGCACUUCAGCCAUAUAACCGUUUAAGAGGUUACCAAUUCUUCUUUAGGCAAAAUGUAAUAAAUCAGAAUUUAAAGAAAUCAGCUACCACACAAACUAAAAGAUAUAAUAUGUUUGAGUUUGAAAUAAAGAGUUACAAAAUCAGUACUUUCUGCAUAGUAGUAAGUCAUACUCUUAAAAGGAUAGUUAAGUACAAAAAAUUUCCUUGCAAAAUGCCAAUCCAAGUAGAAUCUUGAGACAAAAUAAAUAUCAACAUGCUGAAGUCCUCAGUUUCAAACAAUUAUAAUAAAGCAGCAAUUUAAGCUAUGUUUAAGUGUUUAUUCCCAGUAUUAUGAAUGCAAGUCAGAUAGAUGAAAUAAUCUACCUGUCACAGCUGGUGACUAAUAGACUAAGUAUUUCUUUUGCCAUGUACUGUUCUGAGUUUACUGCAGAUUAUCUUUCCAGUGCCACACUAAUGUCUUAGGUGGGGAUCACAUUUCAAUCCAUUACUUGACAUUGAGCAGGAUGAUAAAUUUAUGUGAAAAACAAAGUCUUGGCUUCCUUUGCAUAAACCCCUCUACUUCCAAGUCUAAAUGUACACAGAUAGGCAAUCCACUUUUUUACCACAUUGGAGCAUUCCAGUAAUUUCAUGACCAGGAAACUUUAUGGAAAUACUGUCCAACACUUGUGUUCAAAUUUGUUCGGUUUUGCAAGGAACAAUAAAGAAUUGACACUAAUGUCAACCUCAGCUACAGAGGUAAUGGUAGUCUUUAAUUGAGCUUAGAAUUAGUCAGAUGUCAGUUUGUCUUUUUCUUGAAGUUGACAACCCUGACCCUACAAUACUGCUACAGGUGUCCAUGUUGGUAUUAUGUUUCCCAUUCUUGCACAAUUUCAGGUCAGUUUCGCACAUAUUCGACAAAUCCAGAGUCUUACACACACAAUAUGCUAAGUCAGUUGCCUUGGCAUUUCCACACCCAGGAACUGCAAUAUAGGUACACAACUAUUUCUGACUGAAAUUACACUUGUUCCUCACCGUUAGAAGAAUUCAAACUUCAAUGAAAAUUUAUGUUAAUGAAUUUGAAAAUACACUGCAUGAAAUGUUCAAGCAUAAAGCAUUGAACCAUAAUCUGGUUUCAUACAACAAAACAAUCCUAAGCAAACCAAAUUUCACCUCAAAUUCUCAGCACUCUGUGAUUUUAAAAAUUGUGUAAGAGACCGCCCCCCCCCUCCAAUCAAAAUGCUAACUUUGUUAUGACCCCAGACUGACAGCCAACUCCAAAUUAUGACUUUUUAUUUUCAAAAGUAAACAAAAAGUGAGUUGCAAGAAACUUACAAAGAGAAUAAAGCCACAAGAUUCCAUAGUUUUAAGCAAACAAGACCACUACAUAAGUUGUCAUACAAUCUAUGAUACAUAUGCAACUUAUUUCUGUCAUUGAAUAUCCCACAGCGCAAUCAAGUAUGACCAAGACAGAUCCCAUGGAUUUUUCAGUAACUUUCCACAAACAUUAAUGACAGGGUGGAGUAUCAAAUCUGAUUAAAUUUCACACGGUAAGUCAGUUCACUUCACUUUUACUGAUUUAACCUUAAACUCUCUCAAGUGCUGUGAUGUCAUACACUGCCUCAACAAAUGAUCCAGGUCCAUUCAUUUACCUUUGUUUCCUGGGUCUAUUCCCCUCUCGACACCAAAAACUGUCCUCCAAACACUUACUCUCCCACAACUCCAGCUUUUCACCAAUGUCCAUUUUAGAGUCUCACCGCAGUUGCCUUUCAACAAUACAGCUCAACAAAUAAUUUCUGCAUGACAAUGAGUUGUAGGAACAGAAGUAGGCCAUUUAGCCCAUCAAUUUAGCUCCACCAUUUAAAUGAGAUUAUGACUUUCCUGCCUUUUUUCCCCCAUAACCUAUGAUUCCCUUACUGAUUUAAAAAAAACUCAGCCUUGAAUAUAGUUAAUGACCCUGCCUUGACAGCCAUUUCCAGUAAGGAAUUCCACAGAUUCACUAUCCUAUGAAAAAACAAAUUCCUCUUCAUUUCUGUAUUAAAUGGGCAAGUCCUUAUUCUGAGAUUACGCCCGCUGAUCCUAAACAUUAUCAGAAGAGGAAACAACCUUUCCACAUCUAUUCUGUCAAGUCUUCAAAGAAUCUUGUAUACUUAAGUAAGAUCACCUCUCAUUCUUCUAAAUUCCAAUGAGUACCAGUCCAAUCUACUCAACCUCUCAGAAGACUUCAUACUCAGGAUUAGCAAUAGUGUACAUUCUUUGCAUUGCUUCCAAUAUCUUUACUUAGAUUAGGGACCCAAAUCCGUUCCAACUGUUGUUUAACUAAAGCCUAGUAUAGUUUUAGCAGGACUUCUCUACUUUUAUACUCCAUUCCUUUUGAAAAAAGGCAAAGAUUACAUUUGCCUUCCUUACUAUUGAAUGAAACUGAGGAAGUGGUGAAUGUUGGUACAAUUACAAUGUUUAAAAGACAUUUGGAUAAGUACACGAAUAGGAAUGGUUUGGGCGGAUAUGGACCAGGAGCAAGCAGGGGGGACUAGUUCAGUUUGGGAUUAUGUUUGGCAUGAACUGGUUGGACCAAAGGGUCUGUUUCUGUUCUGUAUGACUCUAUGACUCCUUAAUCGCUAUGUGAUGUAGCUUUCUUCAUUUAAAUAAAAUGCAGCUGCUGUAGUCUUCCACCAAUGCAUGACCUUUCAUUUUCCCAUUCCAUCCUCCAUCAUUUUGCCCACUCGCAUAACCUGUCUCUUUCCUUCUGCAGAAUAUUUGAGUCAUCCUUACCAUUUGCCUUCCGACUUAUUUUUGUGCCAUCCACAAACUUUGGCUAUAGUACAUUCACUUUCCUCAUCCAAAUGAUUGACGUAUGUUAAAAAUCAUUGUGGUCCAAGCACUGACCUCUGUGCCAUACCACUUGUUACAGUUGUCAUCUUGAAACUGCUCCACUUAUCCCAACUCAUACUUCUACUAGUUAGCCAAUCCUCUACUUAUAUUAAUAUAUUUCCUCCAACAUCAUGGGUGUUUAAAUAACCAAACCUGUGGUUCAUUAUCAAAAGCCUUCUAUAAAUCCAAAUAUAUACACUGCCUUCACUUUAUCUAUUCUUCUACCUCAAGAAAUUGUAAUAAAUCUGUCAAGAGCCAUGCCUCCUUGAUCAUAUUAUGUAUUUCACUCCUUUAUAAUAAGACUGUUAACAUUUUCCCAGUAACAGAUGUUAAGCUAACUGGCCUAUAGUUACCUUUUUUUUGUUUUCUUUGUUAAAUAUAUUUUUUUAACCUAAGAAUUUCUGGAUGAUCGCUCACAGUGCGUCCACUAUCUCUGUUGCUAACUCUUAAAAUCCAGGAUACAUCCCACCAGUUCCAGGGGAUUUAUCAGUCUUUAGCCCCAUUAGGUUUUCUAGCACUUUUUCUCUAGUGGUGGUUAUUGAAUUUAUUUCCUCUCCUUUUGUCCCUUGAUUACUUAGUAACUUUGGAAUGUCUUUUAUCAUGAAGAGUGAUGCAAAAUAUUUAUUCAAAUCCUCUGCCAUUUUCUGAUUCCCCAUUAUUUCCCAGACUUAUUCUUGCAGGAGCAUAAAAAGCUAGCAAUCAAGUUCAUUGGGUAAUAGGGAAGGCAAAUGGAAUCUUUGGCCCGUUUCUAUAUUUAAAGGAAAUCUUAUCGUCCAUCUGAAUAUUAAUUGCAAGUUUAUUGUCAAAGUUUAUCUACUCCUUUAUUAUUAUUUUGGUCAUUCUUGCUCGAUUUUAAAACUUUUACAACCCUCUGGCUUACCACCAAUCCUUGCUAUAUUACAUAUCUUUCUUAUUUGAUGUUAUCUUAACUUUUAGCCAUGGUUGGCUUGUCUCUUUCUUAGAAUCCUUGCCUUUCUCUCUCUCCUGGGACUUUCGUGAGCUCUAGCUACAGAACUAUUCAACUGCUGUCACUAGAUCCACAACUACACAGUCUUUAUGCAGUUCACCUUGUGGUUCCCUGCCACAAGGCUAAAAAUCAGUGCUUGUAACAUGGAGAGUUAAUCUCUUAAGUCUCAUAAUUCACUGACCUUCAGUCCCCGUCUUUUGAACUGUUCUUCUAUGAUCCCUAAAAUGUCCUGAAUGACCUACGAAAAAAUUUGCAA